AUGCUUACAGCCCUCGCUCUCGUCCUCACAGGCGGUAUCCUUUCCCUCGUCGAGGGUCUUCCUUCCAAGGCGCACAGUAAACGCGGAUUCAACUGGGACUCAACCCAGCAUCUCAUCGCCUUCGGAGACUCAUAUACAUUCGUCCAAGGAACCCACGGAUACCCCGGGUACAGCUUCAUCGGCGACCAGCUCAACUACGCGUACAAUGCAGACACGCUCUUAACAGACCAGAUCGUCCAGAACCAGACCGGAACCUCAGCCGGCGGCCCAAACUGGGUCGAGUAUCUUACAGGCUGCGGAUUGAAAGAAGGCCUCACGUCCCCAGCAUCAUGCACAAAGCAGCUAUGGGAUUUUGCAUUCGCAGGGGCUGGUAUUUCCGCUGAAUACAUCCCCCUCCACCACCCCUUCACAAUCUCCUUCGUGAAACAAAUAACCCAAUAUACGACCUACGGGCAUCCGGUUCUUACUAGCAUUGUUGAUCCCUCUUCAACGCUAAUCGCAGUCUGGAUCGGCAUAAACGAUAUGAACGAUAGCGCCGCAUAUAACCUCACUACCUCAUUUCCUUCAUUUUACGAUACCCUUGUAACCACUAUAUACACCUCCCUGCAGGAUCUUAGUUCUUUGGGAUACAAGAAGUAUAUCCUCCUCAACCUCCCGCCGCUGGAUCGAACGCCGUCGAAUCAAGACAAGGUUUUGAAGGGGGGAAGUGCAUCGCCGAAUGUUACGCAGGUAGAGUGGUUUAAUUCUGCAUUGGAGGCGCAGAGCUGGGACUUUGAGAGGCAGAAUUCAGGGAGCAGUGUGCUGGUUUUUGAUGCGCAUAAGGUGCUCAGUGGGAUUUUGGAUCACCCGCGGAAGUAUGGGAUUUUGAAUACGACGGACUUUUGUCCCGGGGCGAAGGAAUUGGAUAUUGAAACUAAUUAUGAGAAGUAUGGAUGUCCGACGCCGCUGGAGACGUACUUCUGGUAUGACUCCGGGCAUAUAACGUCCAGGGUACAUGAAGUGUUGGCGAGUGCGCUGGAUGCGAAGCUGAGGAAGUGGAGAGGUUGA